AUGAAGAGUUGCAUUGCUGACGUGAAUACUUACUUGACCAAUAUCAUCGAGACUCAUGAUUCUCUUCUCACGGUCUCUGUAAGGCAACAUCUGGCUGAUAAGCUUAAGCCAAUUUUCUAUAUGCUUAACAGGCUUGAGGGUGUUUUGGAGUCCGACUCACUUCUGAAACAAGGGGAGAAUCUGUCAAGCAACCUGCCACUCAGAAACCAGCCGACACUACUAGAAGAUGAAAAUGCAAAACUUAAAAGGAAGUCUCGUGAUCAAGAGUUGGAUGCGAACUUGAGAAUUGCAAGGGUGGAAAAAGCACGUAAAAAAGAGCUUCGUGAUGCUCAGAUUUCUCUUGAAGCUAAAAAGGCUCUAUUUCUUCCUUGA